UUGUGCUCAUUUUUCUUAAUAUUCACCUUUAGCUAAUUAAAAACAUGGCCAAACUUCUCAACAACACCAUCUUUUGCAUUUUCUUUACAAUUGCAUUUCUUUCAUUGGCCAAGUUACUAUCCUUCUACCUAUCUAUACCUUUCCCUCUUAAGUACAUUUCACUUAUCCCUUUACUUCCCCUAAUAAUCAACUUCCUCUAUGUUAAGCCCCAAAACAACCUCCCACCUGGUCCAACAGCAGUCCCAAUUUUUGGUAAUUGGCUUCAAGUUGGCAGUGACUUGAACCAUCAACUCCUUGCCACCAUGUCACAAACCUAUGGUCCUAUAUUUUUACUAAAACUCGGUUCGAAAAACCUAGCCGUGGUAUCGAACCCGGAGCUAGCUAACCAAGUUCUACACACACAAGGGGUCGAGUUUGGGUCACGUCCAUGUAACGUUGUCUUCGAUAUAUUUACUGGUAAUGGACAAGACAUGGUGUUCACCAUUUACGGCGAGCAUUGGCGAAAAAUGAGGCGUAUUAUGACACUUCCAUUUUUCACUAACAAAGUGGUGCACCAAUAUAGUGAUAUGUGGGAGAAUGAGAUGGACUUAGUUGUUAAUGACUUGAAGAAUGAAAAAGUGAAAUAUGAGGGAAUUGUGAUUAGGAAACGAUUGCAGCUGAUGCUGUAUAACAUUAUGUAUCGAAUGAUGUUUGAUGCAAAGUUUGAGUCCCAAAAUGAUCCUUUGUUCAUUGAGGCAACAAAGUUUAAUUCAGAGAGAAGCAGAUUAGCUCAGAGCUUUGACUACAAUUAUGGUGAUUUUAUCCCUUUGCUUAGACCAUUCUUGAGAGGGUACCUUAACAAGUGCAAAGACUUACAAACAAGGAGACUUGCAUUUUUCAACAAUUAUUUUGUAGAGAAAAGAAGGAAAAUAAUGGCUGAAAAUGGAGAAAAGCACAAGAUAUGUUGUGCUAUUGAUCACAUAAUAGAUGCUGAAAUGAAAGGAGAAAUAAGUGAGCAAAAUGUACUCUAUAUUGUGGAGAAUAUCAAUGUUGCAGCAAUUGAAACAACUCUAUGGUCUAUGGAAUGGGCCAUAGCUGAGCUUGUAAAUCAUCCCAUUGUUCAACAGAAGAUUAGGGAUGAAAUCUCAACAGUCCUCAAAGGAAAGUCAGUCACAGAAUCAAACCUACAUGAGCUGCCUUACUUGCUAGCAACAGUAAAUGAAACAUUAAGACUCCACACACCAAUACCUUUACUUGUACCCCAUAUGAACCUUGAAGUAGCAAAGCUAGGUGGUUACAUUAUUCCUAAAGAAACUAAGGUGGUUGUGAAUGCGUGGUGGCUGGCAAACAACCCUGCUUGGUGGAAAAACCCAAAUGAAUUCCGGCCCGAGAGGUUUCUUGAGGAGGAUAGCAGCACUGAGGCAGCUGUUGCUGGUGGCAAAGUGGAUUUCAGGUACCUGCCAUUUGGUAUGGGGAGGCGGAGCUGCCCCGGAAUCAUCCUUGCACUGCCAAUUCUGGGGCUUGUCAUAGCCAAACUGGUGUCAAAUUUUGAAAUGCAGGCUCCCCCAGGUGUGGAAAAAGUUGAUACAAGUGAGAAAGGAGGGCAGUUUAGCUUGCACAUUGCAAAACAUUCCACGGUUGUCUUCAAGCCUAUUGCUGCAUAAUAUGCUUAAGGCAUCCUUGUCUUAAUUAUAUUUGCCUUACCAGAAAGCAAAACUACUAUGUUACUCGAUAAAGAUUUCAAUGAAUAUUACAGUUUUUGUUA